GAGUUUCUCCGCUAUCAUCGGACAGUUAGCAUCUUUCCGAGAUGACAGGGAACUAAAGCAUGAGUAAGGAAACGAAGAAAAUUGUUGCUGUGUUAGAAAUUUUUUAGAAAUACUCAAUAAAUCUCAAAGGGUAGAUCAUCAAAAACGUCAAAAUGUUCUGUGGAUGUCUGAGUCGGCUGAGAGGCUCCCGCCGCUUUGUCCUCCUUAUUGUAGCAAUAGCCUUGCUUUUGGAUAACAUGUUACUGACAUCAGUAGUACCCAUCAUUCCAUCAUUCCUGUAUCAUCUUCGUCAUCGUCCUAUCGGUACUCUUAUUAUACCAGAGGAGAAGAUUUCAAAAGAUGCUAUGCCAGAUGUUGCUUUCAACGAUGCCAAUAUACCAUACUUCCUUUCAUAUUUUCAAAAGACUGACACAUUCGAACCCGAGGAUGUACCAGGCUUCACCAUAGUGCCGGAGGAUGUCUUCUGGAAAUUCACGAGUUCAUCAGCUCCCCGUGCGGAAGUCACGGAGGUUCCAGCAUCGACUAAGAAAUUGACCAAGCAUCAAGAACUAGUCAAUGAAAAUUUUGAAGUCAGUCUCAUGUUUGCCUCCAAGCCUUUGGUACAGGCGUUUGCGAAUCCUUUCAUUGGACCCAUCAGCAACAGGUUGGGUUACAGUAUAGUCAUGUUCAUGGGAUUCCUCAUCUUGAUAGCAACUUCUUUAUCAUUUGCAAUUGGAAAUUCCUACAAUACCUUAUUUAUGGCAAGAGCCCUUCAAGGGGUUGGAUCAUCAUGCACAAGUGUGGCAGGUAUGGGUAUGUUAGCAGAAAAAUACCCAGACGAUGCUGAAAGAGGGAAUGCCAUGGCGAUUGCUUUAGGUGGCCUUGCACUUGGAGUUCUCAUCGGCCCCGUAUACGGUGGUACUCUUUAUGAAUUUGUCGGCAAAGCGACUCCUUUUCUCAUAUUGGCAGGACUGGCUCUUUUUGAUGGAGCCUUGCAACUUAUUGUACUUCAGCCAAAGGUGAAAAAGAAAGAUGAAGAGGAAGGACCUUCCCUAUGGACAUUAAUGAAGGAUCCCUACAUUAUGAUUGCAGCUGGUGCCAUCACAUUUUCCAAUAUCGGAAUAGCUGUUCUGGAGCCCUCGCUUCCUUUGUGGAUGAUGGAUAAAAUGGAUGCUUCUAAAUGGCAACAAGGUGUCGCUUUCUUGCCAGCAAGCAUUUCUUACCUCAUUGGAACCAACCUUUUUGGCCCUAUUGGACACAGAAUUGGAAGAUGGUUAACUGCUAUGAUUGGACUGAUAACAAUUGGCGUUUGCUUGAUUUGUGUUCCACUAGCGAGGUCAAUCGAGGAACUAAUUCCUACAAACGCUGGCAUAGGUCUAGCCAUAGGCAUGGUAGAUUCCUCGAUGAUGCCGAUGCUUGGAUACCUCGUGGAUAUUCGACACACUUCGGUUUACGGAUGCGUUUAUGCGAUAGCUGAUGUUGCAUUUUGUCUCGGAUUUAUCAUAGGACCAGUAUUUAGUGCUACAAUUGUUCAGAGAUUAGGAUUCGAAGGAUCUGUUUGUGCAGUUGCCAUGACUAGCUUUUUGUUUGCUCCACUGCUAGUCUUCUUGAGAAAACCUCCAGGAAAAGCAUCUUUACAGCUAACAACAUCUGAGAAAAAUUCUACAAAAUAUGAGUUACAAAGUGAUGAUGAAAAUGAAGAAGAAAACUCACUAAAAAAUGUUAAGGAUGAACCUGUAUGUUAUUAAAACAAUUUCAAUAUGCACAAUUAAUUGUAUGAACAAGCAGUGCUAUUUUUUCUUUUUCAUUUGUCAUGUUAAAUAUUUGAAAUGUAAUUAAAUGCUAAAAAGCAUAUUAUUGUAAAUCAUUUAAUAAAAGUAGGAAAUAAAGCAAACA